AUGGACUCUUUUCUCAAGACAGUGGGCAAUCUCCUCCCAUAUCACCUUCUCUCCUAUGGUGCUCUCCUCGGAACAGAGCUCUAUCAGAGCUUUGUUAAUACUAAAAUAUGUUACCAAGCUUUACCAAUGAAGGAGUUCAUCGCCCUGCAAAAGCGCCUCUUCCCCAUCUACUUCGGAACGCAGGUCGGACUCACAGCGCUGACGGCAGCAACGCAUCCACCGUACAGCAUUUUAUCACUGGCUCAAGACCCAUGGAGUGUAGCUCCUCUGACCGUGGCUGGCUUGACCGGAUGUCUGAAUUGGUUCGUCUAUGGGCCUCGGACGACCACCGCGACGUUGGUAAGGAGGGCUAUACAAGAGAGUGAGGGCACCGAUGCCGACUCCUAUGCGUCAAAAGUGCAUCGGGCCAACCGCAAUUUCGCGCGAAAUCACGCAAUGGCUAUCCAUUUGAAUGCUAUUGCCAUGAUAGCCACUGUGUUUUACGGGUUCUCGCUGUCUGCUACGCUUUCAGUAGGGGUCUAG